ACGAGAGAGAGAGAAAAAGUUUUGAGACUUUUCCGCUGCCGCUGGGAGCCGGAGACGCGCGGGGACCGCUUGGCACCGGGCUGCCUCCCACCCCGCCCCACCCCCGAGGACGCGGGACCUGGGGGCCCGGGGCGCCCCCCGAUCACCGGCUCCGGCCCUGACCCCCGACACGGCGCUCCCCGGGCACCCCCGUUCCGGACACCAGCGCCCCCGGAGCCGCCAAGGCCACCUCCCGCCAAGACUUCACCCCAGCCCCGGGGCGCACCCCCAGCACGCCGCCCGGAGCCCGGCACCCCGCACCUUGGGACCCUCGGCUCUCCCGGAGACCCGGCGGAUCGACGUCAGACCUGCCGCCGCGCCCCCUUUCCAGACCACCCGCCCUCGGGCACCCGCCCUCGCCCCCAGCUCGCAGACCGAAACCCCGGGUCCGGACCUCCUCCGCGAGACCCCGGCGGCUUUCCUCCGAAUCGGGGAUUCUCAGCUCGGCCCCGGGGGUCCCCGCCCAGCCCGCCGCGCCCCCGGCCGUGCCGUGGGGGCGCCGCCUCCUCCAUGCCGCCCUCGGGGCUGCGGCUGCUGCCGCUGCUGCUGCUGCCGCUGCCGUGGCUCCUGGUGCUGACGCCGGGCCGGCCGGCCGCGGCACUGUCCACCUGCAAGACCAUCGACAUGGAGCUGGUGAAGCGGAAGCGCAUCGAGGCCAUCCGCGGCCAGAUCUUGUCCAAGCUCCGGCUGGCCAGCCCGCCGAGCCCGGGGGACGCGCCGCCCGGCCCGCUGCCCGACGCCGUGCUCGCGCUCUACAACAGCACCCGCGACCGGGUGGCCGGCGAGGGCGCCGAGCCCGAGCCCGAGCCCGAGACGGACUACUACGCCAAGGAGGUCACGCGCGUGCUCAUGCUGGACAGCCAGAACCAAAUCUAUCGAAAUACUCAAAACGUCGGACACAGUGUAUAUAUGUUCUUCAACACAUCAGAACUUCGGGAAGCGGUGCCUGACCCCUUGUUGCUUUCCCGGGCAGAACUGAGAUUGCAGAGGCUCAAGUCAAGUGUGGAGCAGCAUGUGGAACUCUACCAGAAGUACAGCAACAAUUCCUGGCGUUACGUCAGCAACCGGCUGCUGACCUCCACAGAUUCCCCUGAGUGGCUGUCUUUUGAUGUCACUGGAGUUGUGCGACAGUGGUUGAGCCACGGAGAUUCAAUAGAGGGAUUUCGCUUCAGCGCCCACUGCUCAUGUGACAACAAAGAUAACAUACUCCACGUGGACAUCAACGGAGUAACUUCCAAGCGUCGAGGGGACCUGGGACCCAUUCAUGACCUGAACCGGCCCUUCCUGCUCCUCAUGGCCACCCCUCUGGAGCGGGCUCAGCCCCUGCAUAGCUCCCGCCACCGCCGAGCUCUGGACACCAACUACUGCUUCAGCUCCACUGAGAAGAACUGUUGUGUCCGGCAGCUAUACAUUGACUUCCGUAAGGAUCUGGGCUGGAAGUGGAUCCACGAGCCCAAGGGCUACCAUGCCAACUUCUGCCUGGGCCCUUGCCCUUACAUCUGGAGCCUGGACUCACAGUACAGCAAGGUCCUGGCCCUGUACAACCAGCAUAACCCGGGUGCGUCCGCCUCGCCAUGCUGUGUGCCUCAGGUGCUGGAGCCGCUGCCCAUUGUGUACUACGUGGGCCGCAAGCCCAAGGUGGAGCAACUGUCCAACAUGAUCGUGCGCUCCUGCAAGUGCAGCUAGCCCCACCCACCAGGCCUGACCCCGCCCUCCCAGCCUGGCUCCCCCCUCCCAUCCAUGCCCCACCCCGGCAGGCCCGGCUCCGCCCACCACCCCACGCCAUGCCCCUGCCAUGCCCAGGGACUGUAUUUAAAAGGACACCUGUGCCCCAAGUCCACCUGGGGGGGCCCAUUAAAGGUGAAAGAGGA